GUAUAUAUAUGUUCAUAUACAUAUAUAUAUACAUAAUCGGACCAUCCAAGAUGGCGCUAGAUUUCGCAGCGACGUAUAAAGUUCUUGUUCUUGGCGAUUCAAAUGUUGGGAAAACUUGCAUUGUACAUCGAUACUGUGACGAGAGAUAUUACGAUACGUACAUCUCGACAAUUGGUAUUGAUUUCAAACAGAAAAUUAUUAACUUAGAUGGGACGCCUAUAAAAUUACAAAUAUGGGAUACCGCGGGCCAGGAGAGGUUCAGAACGCUGACGACUGCUUAUUACAGGGGAGCAAUGGGGAUCCUCCUCAUGUACGACGUCACAAGUCUAGAGUCCUUCAACCACUUGUCGUAUUGGCUUCGAAAUAUUCAGGAGAAUGCGUCUCCCGAUGUCGUAAAGGUGCUGGCAGGAAACAAAUGCGACGCCACGACUCAGCGAGCUGUGUACAAGGAGCGAGGAGAGAAGCUGGCCGAUAAUUUCGACAUGGCGUUCUUCGAAGUUUCUUGCAAAGAAAACAUUAAUAUAGAAGAGGCUUUCCUAACACUGGCACGAAAAAUACGUGAGCAGAGGAACAGAAGGGCAAGCUUAUUCGACAGCUCCCAAAAACGAGAAGGCUCUGAAGUGGAUCUGUCUAAAUCGAAACUUCAAGAAACGGGUGAGGCGUGGCGAUGUGCCUGCUAGCUGAAUCAGUCUCUUCGACAAUUAAUUACCUCGCAGAAUGUCAGCCCCUGCUUCCUUCUUGCUGAUGGUUUGGCCUAAAUGUUCCCAGGAAGAUACAACUUCGAUUAAACUGACCAAAGAUGUGGGCCAUUGUAGAAACCUAUUUGACAAUUAUGAGUAUUAAACCAGGAAUGUAAGCAAGAUGAAGGACGAGUAAGUAUCUUCCUGCGUGUAUGACGUAUUGCAGGAGUACGAGUGAUAAACCUCCAGAAAUUAGUAUUUUAAAUUUCAGUUCCUACUCGCUACAAAUAAAUACUUUCGCUGCUCAAACGAGUGCAUUGAACGUUCAAUUCUGCAACAUAAAUAAAUAAAAAACAAGUUAAUUUAUGAUAAAAGAAAUCAAGCCGGAUUAAAGGCGAAUUUAAAGGGGGCAGAUGUAACUUAAGUGAAAGCCAAGCAAUAGAUGUUUUAAACAUUUGCUUCAAAGAAAAUCAGUUGCAUUAUGCUACUGAAAUUGGUGCGUUGAACACGGCAAUGGGAAAGAAAACUCACAAAUUCACUUGAUAUUUGGAAUAUUGCGUUGUGGUUCACCUAAGAACCGUCACAUAUAAAGGGCUAAUAUUUAUAUACUUUUAUGAUACUAGAGAGAUAGUAUCUUUCAAAUGACUAUCAGUUAAAUAUUGGAUUUGAUUAAGAGUUUAAAGAAGUCGUAGAGUAAAGUAGGAAAGAAAGAUUGUUAUAGACUUUAAAAAUCGCACGAUAGCGAAAACUUUUAUAUUUUUUACGAUUCCUGCAUGAUAUAUUUCGUAUUUCAAAAGCUGGGAACAAUAUUGAACUUCAUACUUUUGUGUGAAAUAUGAACCUUCGCUGUUACGGAUAUAUUUUUGGCGUCUAAAUAUUUACUUCGCCGUUUGGCGUUUUCAGGGCCACAGAUCUACAACACAUCAUUUUGCGGAGAUGGAUUUUUUAUUUCGAAACAAAUCCAUGCUUAUGUAUCUAUUUGUUGUUGGAUGAAAUAGUUUAACUAACAAUUGUGAAGCAGUUCUCAAGUUACAGGCCUUUAAUUCUAGAACACAGAUUGCCCAUUGCAUGAAUUCACCAAUUUAGAAUGUGUCUACACUCGUGCGCUUUCGUUUUCAACUUUCAAUUCAACUUGCGCUUCAACAUUCAAUUCAACUUUCGUUUAGGGCAUGCCUUUGUUGAAUGUGUCAAAG